AUGGCAGCACAUCCACCUCAUUAUCCUCCCAUGUAUUUUGAUAUACCUGAGGAGAUCACCGAAAUAAGAGACGCCUUGAGGCCCCACGAGUAUAGGUCAUGGUAUCGUCACUACCAUGAUGGGCAAAGAGAGGGUCCCGUAUCGAAGGGUGAUAUGCCUCUGUUCAUUUUAGAGGCAGCAUUUGGAGAAGAAACCACGGAUACCAAGGACGGAGCGGUGAUCGAUGCUAAAGAUCCUAAGCUCGAGAGUGACCUCGACCUCUCCCAAGCCAUCAGCAAGGUGUACCCAAAAGUGAACUCGAAGGAGGAACCCGAGGAGGAGGAACCUGAGGAGGAAGAACCCAAAGAAGAGGACCCUGAUGAGGAAUCGGAGGAGGGGUCCGAGGAGGAUCCCGAGGAUGAUCCGGAGUAUGACCCGGAUGAGGACUGA